GCGUGAACUGCGGUUGUAGCCGUUCGCUAGUUAAUGGCGCUAGUGUAGUUUCAGUGAGUUACUCAAAAUGGCUGCUAGCGACGAUGAGCCUAUGCACCAUUUAUAUGAGGUUUUUACUACUUGUUUUAAUAAAAUAGCUAAUAAAGCACCAGAAAAAAACAGUUUUCAACCUCCAUAUGGGAACAUAGAUAAUGGCAUGGCUUACGCGUUGAGCCCAGCCCCUCCAGGAUAUGGUGCCUCGGCGGGUCCGGGCACAAGUCCUACCCAGGCGGCUGGUGAACCCUUCGCCGCUGACAGCCCUUACUUUCCUUUUAGCGCCCGGCCUGCGCCCAGGCUGUCGCCCGCCAAGGGCGUUAAGGGACACAGUGGACACAUAAGACAGGCCAAGGAGGAGCCUCAGCAGACGUUGGACCAACAGUGGGUGUAUGGCUCUGACGAGUUCCCAACACAUGACUCCUCCCCCAGGUACUCGUCGCCCGGUGGCGCCGCCGCCACCGGUUACUACCUGGGACCGGAAGGCGCCACGGGCGCCAGCGUCGGAGAAUGGACAGGCGCCCAAUACAACGCGCCCUACCAAACUUAUGAGGCCUAUGGGCUUAUACCGGAAGGUGACCCAACAGGUGCCCAAGGAUCACAAGGAUUGCCUCCCAUGUCCUCGCUAAGGCCGAAUGGCGCCCAAGCGACCGCCAUGGCGGGGGCGCCAAACACAGCAGCCUUCGUGCCGAACACUCACGCCGACACUGUGGCAAAGACAUUGGUGUACCCACCUAUUCCAGAGCAAGCCAGUGCGAGCAGUUACAGUUCGGCCCCUUCAACACCAGUUAGUUCCCCUCCUCCUCUAGCCCCUGCACCAUGGUUAGCCAAUCACACUAACCAACACUCUCCACAUUACACACAAACUGUCAACAAUGGUACCACUGCUCAAGGUCUCCAUAUGCCCACCGCCCCAGAAGCUCAAAGGUUAGACGAUGCCAUUGUUUUUCUGAGGGAUCAUGCCGAAGUGAAUUAUAAUUUUCAGGGAACACGUAUGGAGGAGAGGUUAGACGAUGCGAUAAACGUGCUGAGGAACCACGCAGAGUCUCAGCUGGGUUUGGGACAGCUACCGCCUAAUUUUAGUUCUUUAGGAUACGCAGUACCACCGCUUCCUGAACCACACUUACCAGAACCAAUCAAAGUGGAAAGGGCAACGUACAACACAAAGAAACGCAAGGAACCCCCAGACAGUGAUACCAAACCUUCCAGCUCAAUAGAAAGUGUGAUACAACCAAAUUCGACUAGUGGGCCUCAAUCUAAAUCUUCCAAAAGGUCGAGGAGGUAUAGUAACGCUGAAGAAGAAGAAAUAGACGAUCCCAGCAACAAGGCAGUACGUGAAAAAGAACGUAGACAGGCCAACAAUGUUCGUGAGCGUUGUUCCAGCGCGGAUGAAACUGAAGAGGGCGACUUAGAUCCUGAUGUUAAAGCACAAAGGGAAAAAGAAAGGCGGCAAGCUAAUAAUGCCAGAGAAAGAAUACGUAUUCGGGACAUAAACGAAGCGUUGAAGGAAUUGGGAAGAAUGUGUAUGGCACAUUUGAAAACGGAUAAACCCCAGACAAAACUUGGCAUACUUAAUAUGGCAGUUGAAGUUAUAAUGACGUUAGAGCAACAGGUUAGGGAAAGAAAUUUAAACCCAAAGGCAGCUUGUUUGAAAAGAAGAGAAGAAGAGAAAGCAGAAGAUGGGCCAAAACUAGGUCCUGGACCACCACAUCACAUGUUGGGCACCCCCCACUACUCCACCAUAACGGGUCCCCCUACCAACUUGCCUCACAAUCCGGGUCAGCCUCAAUAGCAUUGCUAGUAAAUUUAUCAAUGGCAGGGUUGCCACCUGUACAUACCCACACUCGUACAAACGGCCAUCAUUUCUUCAUCAAGCAUCAAUCAUGAACAAUAUUAUAUUUUUUUAAGGAUAUUCUGUAGUGAUACAAGUACGAUUUGCGUUUUUCGCUCUUUAAUUCUUUUUUACUUAUUUUAUCGACUUAAUUUUUUUUAUUUAUGAUCAUCAUUCUGAGAGAUUAAAAAUGACAAAUUAGAUGUAUAAAAAAGGUGGAUGUGUGGUUCGAAUGGAAGUUUUUUCUCGUUGACUAUUGUGCCAAAUAAGAGUAGUUUAUACGUGAUCUUUUUUCGAUCAUGUUUCGAUACAUCGAUUGUUGUACAUUUGCCAUUCGAACGUUUGAUCUCUAUUCGUAGUAUUUCCGAAGUAUCAUGUUCAAAGUAUUACUGAAAUGUGCCAUUUUUUAUGUUCAAAGUAGCUGUUCGAUCACAUAUCGCUGUUUUACAUUGUGAACGAUCAAAUUUUUUUUUUAUGUUUUUGUAUACAAUUUUUACGGGCAGCUUCUUGAAAUUGGUCUUUUAUUUCAUUCGAACGACACAUUACAAUCGAUUAGUGCGCCAGUAUUCUGAAAAUUGAAAUCUAUGGACUUUUCGGUGGACAUUGGCACUAUUUAGUUUUUUUCAAGACUUCAAUUGGUCCGAAUGCUGCUGUUAAAUGAAAUUAUUGAUCCCGUCGUGUUGUUUUCGACAAACUGAAUCGAGAAUUUUUUUCACUUUGACUUGUUUAACGACUUAAUGUGUGAGGCUUUUAUUUAUUAAUUUUGUUCAAUCCGGAGUUUUCUCCUAAUCAUCACAAAUGUACGGUUAGAAAAAUCACCUCGAUUUAAGGUUAUUUUUCUAGUUCGAAUCGAAAACCAGUAAUUAUUUAUCUGAACUUAACGAAUUCUUUAUUUGCUAAUUCCUGUAAAUAUUUAUGCAAUAUAGAUUUAGUAGUAAAUACUAAUAUGUCAAAGAAAGAAGUCGAAUAUUUGUUUAGCGACUUCCGUCUUUGAUCGUUUCGAAUAUGAACAGUUUUUCAGGAGAAAAUUUUGUGUAUUCUACGCAAUUUUCUGCUCAAUAUAAAAUAAAUGAAAUAUUUUCUUCUAUUUAAAAUGUGCGGUGAAAAUCCAAUGAGGGAUUGAAGUAAAAGUGUUAAUUAUCUGAGGAACUGUUCAUAAGAAACCUUACAAUUCCAUCUUGAAAGAGUAAUUUGUGAAUCAGUUGUUUAUGUGUGAUAUUUAUAUCCAGUUUUGUUUCUCUCCGUAUUUUUCUUAUUUUAUUUUUUCAUGAAAUUGUAUGUCGUUUUUUAACUUUUAUCGCAGCUUUAUCCUGGAGUGCAAAAUCUUCCUGUUCAGUUUUGAUAUCGUCGAAAUUUGCGUCUUGUACAACUGGAUGGUUCGCUUGAUUCCGGAAACUUUCUAUUUUUUAAGUUAAUAUUUAACGAUUUUUUAUCAUUUUAAGAUAGUAUUAAUUUAAAAGGGGGAGAUAUAUAACGAUUUUCCGAUUAUAGCAGCAUGUUGAAUUCGAUUAUAUUUUUGUUUUUGAUUGUUGAAAUAUAUAUUAACGUUUCUUCGGCUGGCAGAUUGAGAGUGUUUUGGACGAGGAACGGUUUAUUAGAAAUUUGAUACUCGGCAAUAUUAAAAUUAUGUGUUUUUUUUCUUUCGAACAUUUAGGAUCAUUCCAAAUUGGCAGGUUUGCAGCAGCUAACGAGACGAAUUGUCGAAUUUGUCUUGUGUAUUUGGCAGCAGUGUGUUCUUGAUUUUAUUCGGUUUGUUUAUCACUGGAAUAUUCGUGUUGUUGCAGUUUUGUGAAGGUCUUUCUAAUUGCCUUAAGGAACUUGGGCCUGGGAUGUUUUAAUUCAGACAUUGAAAAGUUGUAUAUAUUGUUGAAACUUUCUUGUUGAGCCCGGACCCAAGUUCCGUCCCAAAAAUUAGAGACAACCUACUUAAAAUAAAAGAAAUAUCAUCAUUAAAAAACAGCUUUAUCGAGAAAUUUAUUUCUUAGAAGGGAUUUUCAGUAUUGGUGCAAAUAUUCUUGUCGACAUACAAUAUAUCGUGGAAAUUACCAAAUUGGCAAUCUAUUGAAUAUGUAAAUUAUUUCAACAUUUUAUACAGUAUAUUUUUGUAAUAGAUUGAGAUUUUGUAAUUCCCAUUCUUUGAAUGGAUGAUUCAACAAUGCAGAAUUGAAAUUCUGAUUGUAAAAAAUUGUUUGAUUGCAGUGAUUCCUUGGAUAUUUCUGCUUUGUGUGAAAUUAAAGCGCGAUAUCGAAAUUUUAGAUUCCAACAGGACGGUUUCUCAUAUUAGUAAUCUGUUGGGAGUGAAAGUGAAGUGACUGAUGUUUGAAGAGAAAUAUUAGAAAUAUCCAAUUACUGCAAUUUGUUGUAAAUGAAAAAUUAUUAAUAAGAUAUUGCGUGAUGAAAAAAGAAAGAUUAAGUUAGAAUAUAUAAUUAGGCGACAUUUAAAUGAUUAUCAAACUAUAUGUAAUGUAUAAUUCGUACAUAAUAUAAUAUGUGCCAUUUUUUCAUAAA